UAAAGCAGUUCCCAGAAUAACAGUGAGGUAAAUUAAAAGUUUAUUUCCUGAAGUUAUAGAUUGUCAAGUCUGCAAGUUUAUAACUUCUUGUGAAAAAUAUUGGAAGAGAGAAGAGAUAAAAGCUCAAGUUUGAGUGUUCAUCUAAAGAAGAAUCAUCAUUAUGGAGGAGGUAAACAGAACUCUAGAAGAAAAUUUACACCACAAACAAUCAACGGACGAAUUGUUGCCCACUUUUCACUUCGAGGUUAAUACAGAAAAGAAUUUUCGCAAACGGUCUGGAACCACGGACAAGGGCAAAAAGUAUGAGAACAUGGUAACUGCUAGCACCAUACUUCGUCUGGUAAGCACCAAUAAAGUAAAAAACUUCCACGUUUCGUCAGACGAUCCAAAUUUCGGGGCAUUCGAUGAUGUGGUCAUUGAAGUGGAGACUGACGACGGAGUCCAAACAAUCGCAGUCCAGUUGAAACACAGCAACAAUCCAGGAAAUUUACGCAUAAAACGACUAGCAAGCGAAAAGGGGGAUUUUAGCAUUCUUAAAUAUUUUAAAUCGUUCCAAGAAAUAAAGAAGAAACCACACCAAUCUAUUUUGUUCACGAACCUCAAAUUUAAGGUUUUUAAAGACACAAAAUUCCAGCUCGACGGAAAAGAUUUUUUCUUAGAACCUUACGAAGUAGAAAUUGCCGAUGACUGUUUGAAACUUUCACAAGACGUGAAUUAUUGUCAUAAAUUUCGAAUUGUGGAAGACGAACACCCUGGUUCUAAAGAACUUCAACAAUUCAAGACAUUUCUUGAAAACUUUAGUCUUUAUACUAGGCAACAAAGUCUGGAACGACUUGAAAAAUCAACAGCGAAAAACUUCGAGAAGACAUUUUCUUCCAAUGAAGAAACUUUUGAAAAGUAUCUCAAAAUUCUAUCUCAGUGGGAUAUGCAAGAAGGGUUGAAACUAAAAUUAGACAAGAAGAUGAUGCAACAUGCAAUUGCACUGUGUUUGUUGUCCCCUUACAUCGAACAUUUCACUUUUGGUCCAGUUAACGACAAUGGAAAAAUACUUCGGGAUGCAAUUUCUGUCUUCGAUAUUACCCUAUUGGAAAAGACAGAGUGCGAUUUGGUUAAACGGUUGUGGGGCGAUUUAGACGAAAAUAUUGACAUCAAGGAACUAAACAAGCUAAGAUCAUUUUAUCGUCUUUCUUCUAAUUUUAUAUCCAGGAUAGAAGACGUAGACGAAAAUGCAUUGGCACGACUGUUGUGGUUGAUGGGUAAACGUCCGCUGAUCGUACAAGAGCACGAAAAUAUCGAAAAAGCCAUUAAUCUUUGUCCCUGUGAUAAAUUCGUCUUACUUGGUCAAGGAAAAUGGACAGAAUGGAUGAACGGUCGCUCCGUGUUUCAAAACUUGCUGGAUUUGAAAUCAGAACAAAAUUUAUUUGAAAGAGUGAUCCAAAAUUUUACCAUUUCCUUACAAGGGAAAGACGUUGUUAAUCUGAUGGACAUAUCUCGAGGUAAUGAAGAAAUUUUAAAGAAUAUUAGCGUAAGUCAUCUCCUGGAAAUGAUAGAUAGUCCACGCUUGAUAGACGGCGAAAAAGAAGUUCUUCCCAAUCCCUACAUCGAAAGGUAUUUGUCGCUAAAUGUUAUAGAUAUUAAGUAUUUGGAAUGUGUUAAUCGUGGUACCGUCGUUAUUCUAAAUUGCUCAGGUAGUUCCAAUGAACUACAACAACUUCAAAAUAUUAGUCUGACAAAGAUCGACGAUUAUUUAAAUGACCCAAAAUGUAGAACUUCCAACGCUCCGAUUUUCAUAAUAAGUAAAAGUCAGUGCAGCCAGUCUGAAUUUGAGAAAAUAUGUUCUAAAACCCCGAAAUCCAAGACUGUACAUUAUUUUAAAUUUUUUAAUAACGUGAAUCUAGAGUGGGUACGAAGCAGAGGUGACAUAGAGGAAUUGCAAAAUUAUAAAUUAGGUAACCAUUCCAAAAACGAAACUGACUUUUGGACUUUUGAGUUCAAAACGAGUAUUAAUUUAGUGAUAGAUGAUCCCGGAAUGGGUAAAACCGAGUUAACAAAAAGCCUAAAAAACAAGUGUCCUUCUAAAUACUGGACGGUAAUUGUCACCCCUCAGGAAGUUAAUUUAUUCUUUAAACAGUCAGAAGAGUGUGAAAUAUCAGACUAUCUAAAUUUGUUUCAAACAUUCAUCGUAGAGAAAAAGUACCACUAUCUUAAAAAUUUAGAUAAAGCAGUUUUUAAAAUGUGUUGUGAGCAACUCAAUGUUUGCUACGUGUGGGACGCUCUUGAUGAAAUUUCUUCUAAAUAUUUAGAACAGGUUUCAGACUUGAUCGUUCUAUUGUCAAAAAAAGGUUUCAUACAAUGGAUCACCGGUAGAAAACACUUGGAAACUUUACUUGUCCAAAAAUUUAACACACUCCCGUUGAAUAUAAAUCAGUUUAAUGAGUCAGAGCAAGAAGACUACAUUAGACAACGCCUUAACCCUAUUGUUUCGGCCGACCACCUAGAAACAGCUAUCCGAAAAAUUAAAUCUAGUUUUGCUUUCAUAAAACAUAUAGACAUUUUGGGAAUUCCACUUCAAAUAUUUAUGCUCACCGAAAUAGUUCUUCAAAAUAAAGACAAAUAUUUAAAAUUAUUUGGCGAUUCGUGGCGCUUGACUGAUCUAUAUAGUUAUUUUAUUGACGAAAAAUUCAACAUUUUCUACCAAACCAAAUUGUCUCUGAAUAUUCAGGAUGCCUAUUCGAAGCGUGUGUUUAACAGUGACAAAGAAAAAAUCUUGACGCAUUAUGCAAAACUGGCAAUAAAGCUAAUUUUUUCGGACUGCGCAGAUAUCAGUCUUGAAGUUAUUGAUAGUACUUGCUACGAUUACGCACCUAUCGGUAUUAUAACUGGUUUACAGAACAACACACCGCUUUUUUUGCACGCGUCUUUUGCGGAAUAUUUGGCCGCGGUGUACUUUUCGAAGAAUUUUGACGUUAUACCAAGGGAUAGAUUUUUCGAUCGACAAUAUAACAACGUACGAUUUUUUUUUGAUAUGUUGUUGGCAAAAAAAUCACCAGCUCAAAAUGCAAUCUUGUACAGAAAUUUUGAUGGUCUAAAGAGUUAUGACGACGAAAUAUUAACACGUAAAGAUGACGCCGGAAGAAAUGCGUUACAUUUGAUUUGUUCGUGGGGACAACGACACUCGCGUCUGACAGUAAAGAGUUCUAAAAUUGAUCGAAAUUUUCCAUAUUUUGUGUCUGCGUGGCUGAAAAAAACAUUCUUUUCGGAUAGGAUACGUUGUGUAAGCUACAGUUUCAACGACUACGGGUCUUCUAAAGGGCAACUAGAUACAAAAGAAUAUUUAGAUGGGGUGCGAUUUUUGUCUAACGAAUGUGGCAAUAAGGAACCCGAUGAGCUUUUUAAAAUGACCCCCCUGUCACACGCUCGAGUUAGUGAAAGUUUAGGGGCAGAACUAGAAUUGUUACAAUUAGGACUAGAACCGGACCAGUCAUAUAAUCACUGUGACAGAAUUAACAUUUUAUAUUAUUCUAGCCUCUUUGGUUAUGACCAAGCAAUUAAAUCGGUUUUUACUAAAACAUUAAGUACUUGUUACGACGAAAUCAAUUUUGUCUGUGAACGGUCCGGUUACACAGCUCUUGUUGUAGCGUCCGCAAGCGGGCACCAAGCAGUCGUUGACAAUUUACUGCAACUAGGGGCCGAAAUUUCUUGUCUUGAUAAACGAGGUCGGACACCACUUUACACAGCUGCUUUCAACGGCCACGAAAAAGUUGUCGAAUGUCUGUUGAAAUCCGGAGCCGAUAUCAAUCGCUGUAAUAACUUAGGUUGGACACCACUUUACGUGGCUUCUUGGAACGGCUUCCAGAAAACCGUCGAAUGUCUAGUGAAAUGCGGGGCCGAAAUCGAUCGCGGUAGUCACAGAGGUUGGACACCGCUUUACGCAGCUUCCUUCAACGGCCACGAAAACACUGUCGAGUGUCUGUUGAAAAGUGGAGCCGAAAUUAAUCGCGCUAAUAAUUGCGGUUCGACACCACUUCAUGCGGCUUCGUCGAACGGCCACGAAAAAACUGUCGAGUGUCUAGUGAAAUUCGGAGCCGAAAUCAAUCGUGUUGAUAAUAAUGGCCAGAGGGCGGUUUUCGCAGCUUCCGCAAAGGGUCAUGAAUGCAUCGUCGAAUAUUUAGUGAAAUGCGGAGCCGAAUUUCAAUAGGGUUGUAUCAACAGUGGGUAUAGGGUAAUCAAUUUCUGCUGAAUUUUGAAGAAAGCGGGGCUUGGAAAAAUUUCUUGACUUCCAAAGACGGCUGGACUUGGGAAAAAUUCUUUUCUUUCUCUAUUUCUUUUUCUUGCCAAGCCCAUUUUAUCUUCUUCAUUCGUACUUUUUUACCAUUAAUUUCGUUUCAAUUUCGUUUCCAUGUACAUAUAUUCAUCAUUUCUUUAAUUCGCUUUUUCGUCCUGUCUGCGUUUUUCUGAAUAUUUCCUCAGUAUCUUCUGUAAGAGCCGUAAACAGGCUGGAGUUCAGUAGACAUCCCUGUUUUACUACCUUACAUGUAUAAAAAACUUCAUUUUCAGACCCAUUUACUGUUUGUUCCAUCUCAAGCCUCACCCUCUCCUCCAAGUCAUUGCAUAUACUUUAUAAUAGUGUGAUAACCCAAACUUCCCGCCUUUAAAUUGACCUUGAAAAAAAUUCAAAAUUUGGCCUUGGCUGUGAUCGUCUAACAAAUGGGAACCUACGUUGUGUGUGUUUUUUUUUUUUUGAAAAGUGGCGGGAAGACGUUCUUUCAUACAAGUGCAUACACUGCGCACAAAAUAAUAGACACUCCCUCCCUAGGGGGAAAAGAAGCGAAGAGCGAGAGUGACUCGGCCGUGCCCUUCUGCCCGUCCAGCAGGGACCAAUCGCCAUUGUUCUUCAUCUCCAAAAACCCCCUAGGGCUAUAUUCACAGAUAUAUAGCAUUACAAUAUUUGAAUAUUACAAAUUUAAUAAAGCAGCAAAGCAAAAUCUGAAUUAAAGUAAUUGGAUGCAAAUAUACAAGUUAUUACGGGCAUGUAGCGGCAGAUUUUAAAGUUACGGCAGUUAACAGGAGCACAACAAAAGUAUCCCUGGGGCGUGCUAACAUAAGCGGAGUUUAGGGCUACCGGUCUGGGACUGUUCUCCCCCCACGACAGUGAUUCUAUCUAUCACAAAGCUUACCCGCACGCAUAUGUCCAUUACGAACGUGCUCUGCGAAACUAGGCCGCUACGAUCGCAGAUCCGUAGUUGGGUCUCGGCUAAGGACAAAAGCCGACAGCGUUACAACACCGGCGAUCGCCCCCUGACUCUAUACAAACCCGCGGACUUGUGCAGGUGACGCGAUCAAUCUCGCCAGCUCGACUAGGAACCGAACUUCGCUUCUGCCACGUUGUUGUGUUAUUUAACCUCAAUUCCAUUUUUAAAUAUUCAUUCUCUUAUAACUCUGAUGUUAACAACAACUGAACAAGUGUUAAAGUUUCAGCGAGCAAUAAACAACAUUUAAAUUCGCCAAUUCAAUGAUUCAAACAAAGAGUUUACAUUAGGUCAAAUUAUAUCAUGAUUUAAGUGAUUGGUUACUUCAAAAAAACAAUUUACUUUGAGAGUUUAAAAUACCGCGAACUCGUUACCUCAACAAAACACAUAAUAAACAAACACAAAAAUAUCCAAUCAUCGCUCCGAGGGAAAAAGCGUCUCGGUGAUGUAACAUUUAAAAUCGUUGCAAGGAAAAAGCGUCUCGGUGAUGUAAAUUUUAAAUCGUUCCGAGGAAUUGCCUCGAUUAUGUAUAUUUUAACGGUGGGAGGAAUAAGCCUCGUUGAUGUUAUUAAUCACUAGCGUUGCGAGGACAGCCUCAGUAAUGUAAUCAUGAUAACGACGAUAAUAACGAUGAUAACCCCUAAAGGAAGAAAUUAUUACAAACUGUUAUGUUUUCUCUUUACUUGGCUUGUUCCACCUCAAGAACACACGGCAGUUAGUUGCGAACUAUCUUUAUUGUUAAAAACGUACUGCGCAUAUACAACUCCCAUAGACUUCUAACUACUAGAUACACCACAUUUCCUUCCCCUUAAAAUAAAACAUAAUAAAAACUUCUAGUACAAAAAUCAUUAUGUACACUAUGAAUUGUUGAACCUUACUUAACUCUAUUUCUUAAAAAAUAUCUAUGCCUAACAACUGAGUUUGGCGAUACAUUAACAUUAUCCUGAUUAGCUAUAACAUUGUCUUGGUUAGGUAUAACAUUGUCUUGGUUAGGUAUAAUAUUGUCUGGGUUAGGUAUAAUAUUGUCUUGGUUAGGUAUAAUAUUUACAUCAUCAUUUCCCCUAGCUACAGAUGAAAUUGGUACAGUGAUGUCCCUAUUAGUAGCUGUAACUACUGAAUUUUUAACAUUUUGUUGUUCGUUACAUGAAUCAGUGGACGUUGAGCAAGAACCCUGUAGUCUGAUUUGGUUUGAAUGUCUUUUAACUAUUUUACCUUGUUCAACUUCCACUUCACAGAUGACAUUACCAGAUUUUUGUCUUAUUAUUCCUGGCGACCUAGUAGGUUUGGCAGGUAUAGCAUAAUCUUUGACUAAAACCUUGUCGCCAAUUUCGAAAGUUCUGUUCACCCCUUUAUAAUUGUCUAUUUGCCUUUGAGUCUGUCUAUUAUUAAUAUUUACUUGAGAAGGCCUCAGUAGUGACAAACGUGAUUUUAAAUGUCUACCAAACAUUAUUUCUGCUGGACUCACACCUGUUGUCGAAUGAGGAACGUUUCUAUAACUAAACAAAAAGUGUAAUAAAGCUUGUCCAAUAUUUUCUUUUUCUAAAUGAGCUUUAAUAAUUCUACGUUUUACUGUCUUGACACUACUUUCGGCAGCACCAUUACUUGCUGGAUGAUAAGGUGGACUAAAUAAUUGUAUUAUUCCAUUAUUCUGAAGAAAUUUCGAAAAUUCGUUUGAACUAAACGGUUGCCCAUUAUCUGAGACUACGGUAUCUGGAAGUCCAAAAAUUGAAAAUAAGUAUGUCAAAUAAUUAAUAACCGCCGAAGCAUUUGAAUUAUUCAUCGUUUUAACUUCCAACCACUUUGAAUGUGAAUCAAUUACCACUAAAUAUUUAUGACCAUAAAUCGGGCCUAAAAAAUCAAGAUGGAUUCUUGACCAAACUUUAUUCGUUUGAGGCCAUGGUUGCAGAAUUGUUUUCUGUGGAUUGCACUGUAACUGUGAACAAGCGCUACAAUUUUUACACACAUUCGUUAUGUCAUUAUCAAUAUACGGCCAAUAACAGUAUGACCUUGCCAGUGACUUGCACUUAUUUAUACCUAGAUGACUAGAAUGAAUCUCUUCCAAAAUCUUUGCUUGUAGAUUUUUCGGAACAAUAACCCUUAAACCCCAAAUAAUACAACCAUGCUCUAUGUGCAACUGGUCUUUUCUGUUAAAAUAUGGCUUCAGCUCGAUAGGUAUAUUCAACGGCCAGCCAUCCACGCAAUACCUAAAAACUUCUCUUAACAUUGGAUCUCUUUGAGUUUCUUUUGCAAGCAACUUAUGAUCAAUCGCUAACGUUUCCGUCACAUGUAAGAUAUGUCCAAAAUCUGUAUUCUCGCAUGGAGUCUCCUGUAAAGAUAAACGUGAAAGCGCGUCCGAAUAAUUAUGUUUCGAUUUGACAUAUUUAAGUUCAUAGUCAAAACUUGCUAAAAUAAUGGCCCAUCGUUGCAAACGACUAGCCGUUAAUUGAGGUAUUUGCUUAUUUUCACCGAAAAUCGCUAAUAACGGUUUGUGGUCACUAUAAAGAAAAAACUUACGUCCAAAUAAAUAAUCGUUAAAUCGUUUAACUCCAAAAAUUAUUGCCAGCGCUUCUUUAUCUAUCUGCGAGUAAUUCUUUUCAGCGCUAUUUAACGAUCUUGAAGCAAAUGCUAUAGGUCUUCUAUCCCCAUUCUCUAAAAUGUGAAAAAUACAAGCUCCAACCCCUGUGGAACUAGCGUCACAUGCUAAACCUAAAGGCAGUUUCUGAUUAUAGUGCAUUAGUACUUUUGCUGACUUAAUUUCCCCUUUUAUCCACUCAAAAGAUUUCUGACACUGUUUGUUCCAAUGCCAUCUACUGUUUUUUCGUAAAAGUUUAUAUAAAGGAUUCGCCCUACUACUUACAUUUGGAAUAAACUUACCAUGAAAGUUUACAAACCCAAGAAAUGAUUGUAGCUCUACUUUGUUUGUAGGCUGCUUCAUCUGUGUUAAAGCUUUUACCUUAUCAUUAGACGGAUGUAGUCCCUCAGCAUCAAUUGUGUACCCUAAGUAUGAAACAGAUUUUUGAAAGAAGCUACACUUUGACAAAUUAAUUUUCAAACCCGACUCUUGAAUUUUAUUAAAUAACAACUUCAAAUUCUCUAAAUGUUCCUUUUCGGUUGCUCCUGUCACUAAAAUGUCAUCCAUGAACGCGAUAACUCCUUUUAACUUGUAACACAGAGAAUCAAUUAUUCUUUGAAAAAUUGCUGGGCUUGAGGAUAUACCGUACGGAAGUCUAUUAUAACUGAAUAAUCCUUUAUGAGUAUUAAUUGUAACUAACUCUCGCGAUUCACUAUCUAAUUCAAUUUGUGCAUAUGCUUGGGAUAAAUCUAUUUUAGUAAAGUGAGUACCUUCGCCCAAAUGAGCUAAUAAAUUGUCAACUUUUGGUAUGUGAUAACGUUCCGUGUUCAAAUUCCUAUUUACAGCCACUUUAAAAUCUCCACAAAUACGAAUAUCCCCAUUUUUCUUAAGUACUGGUACUAUAGGACUUGCCCAUUGACUAUACUCAACUGGAGUUAAAAUAUUUUCAUUUACCAACCUAUUUAAUUCAUCUUCUACCUUAGACUUAAUAUUAAUUGGCAAUGAUCGCGAUUUACAAAAAACUGGAACAGCCUCAGCUUUCAAAUGUAAUUUUGCCUUAAAAUUUUUUAACAGACCCAACUUGUUAUCAAAUAUAUCACCAUAUUCCUCGAUUAGCUUUUCUAACUUCAUAUUUUCAGUCACCUUAUUCACUCUAACCUCAUUAUCUAUUACAUUAAUUCCCAAAUUUUGCAUCCAAUUUCGCCCUACCAAACAUGGUCCUCCUUCUGGUACGACAUAUAACUUCAAACGCUUUGAAUUAUUGGUGAAUUGUACAUUUACCAUAAUAAACCCUGCUGUACCUACUGGUGUACCAGUAUAACCCGACAACUUUAUGUUACUUUUUGAGAUAUUCAAAUGUGAGAAGUACCUGUUAUAAACUUUCCCUGAUAUUAAGGAAUAUUCACACCCUGUGUCUACUUCCAUAUUUAACAAUGCAUUUUCCACUUUAACUUUAGCAUAAAUUGGAUAUGCCUUAAUAUCAGUUGUGUUGUCCUUAAUAUUAAAUAAAUUAUUAUCUGUAUCCUCAUCAAAAACACGAUUACAGCCUUCCUUCUCAACCGACUGUACAUAUGACAUUUUUUCCUUUGUCGUGUCCUUCCUCUUCACUUUUUCUUUAUUUCGACACACGUACUUUAAAUGCCCUUUACCACCACAAUUAUCACACACCGCAUUUUUAAAGAAACACUCACCCUUGGUGUGGUUCUUUAGACCACAAUUCCAGCAAUACCUUUCCUGCUUUUCUUUCCCCCGUGAAGCUGUCUCCGCUCCUAAUUUUUGAUGACCUUUAUGCUGCGACCAAUUUCUUCCCGCCUGUCUUUCUUUGGCCUUGACCUUGUGCACCUCAGACGUCGCCUCGAAAGCCGCCACGUCUUUUUCUGCCAUUUCCAUUCUUCUGGCAAUUCCUAUAGCUUUCUGAAACGUCAAAACUCUCUGUGAUAACAACUGCUGCUUAAUUUUAUCAUUUCUUAGACCAGCCACUAGCGCGUCUCUUAAGUUGUCAUCCAGUGCCUCUUGGAACUUGCAAAAUUUUGCUAAACUCUUCAACGCUGCCACAAAUUGCGCAAUAUCCUCACCGCUCUCCUGCCUCCUGCUGCGGAAUUUAUAUCUUUCAGCUAUAAUCGACGGCUCAGGAUUUAAAUGCUGCGACACCACUUUUACUAGAUUUUCAUAAGUUAGCGUCGCUGGAUCCUCGGGGCUGACUAAAUCUACCAUCAGUUCGUACGUUUCAUCUCCAACUACUGCAAUUAAGGUGGGAACCUUGACCUCUUCCUUGACCCCAUUGGCAAUAAAAUACUGCUCUAGCCUUGCGAUGUAGGUCUUCCAACUUUUUUCCCCGGCUCAAAUUCACCGAUCUUUCCAACCGCCAUUUUCUUUACCGGUACUUCUUACCACCGCCAACUGUUUUCCGAUGAGAACACCCCUGGUUCUUCUCGAUUCUUAGGAGUUCGCCUGCUUCUGUGAAUUCCUUGCCGUUUCUCUAGAUUGCUUUUAAUACUUUUCAAAUCCUCAUCCCAUCCUCGUCGCCACUUUGUUAUGUUUUCUCUUUACUUGGCUUGUUCCACCUCAAGAACACACGGCAGUUAGUUGCGAACUAUCUUUAUUGUUAAAAACGUACUGCGCAUAUACAACUCCCAUAGACUUCUAACUACUAGAUACACCACACAAACCCCCCCUGCCAGUUCGCGGUAUAAUGAACUUUGUUUAACUGCCGUAAAUGAACUAUUAGCAAUCUUGUGUGAAGGAUUAAGAAGUGUUAUAAUGUAACACUUACGUAUAUGCAUCCAGAAAUCUAUUCGUAAUUAAACAACAAGGUGUUUUCCUGACUAAGUGAAUUUCAUGAAAUCUUCUAGCAAGUGGUUUAUUUAAAUAAUCCUGAUUGUUAAAUUGUGUUUGCACUAGCUGACGAUUAAGAAAAACUAACUUGAUUGGUGAAUUUACAAACAAUGAAACAAAUUUACAGCACGUGUUUCGCGUUGAACGGAAGUCCGGCAUUUUUCCUCCCAUGUUAUUAACUACCAAACCAAAUAAUUUAAACUUAGCUCUUACCACGUGUUUACACUCACACAAGCACAUUCAGACUGACGCUACGCCAUGCUGCCCUGUCUCUACCAACCCUUUAACUAAAAUCUCCCUAGCGCUACGUGCCGCCAUCUAACUCAAUAAUCAUGCAAAACUAACCCCUAAGCGCUAUUAAUUGUCCGAUUACCAAGCAAGCGUUUCCGUGCACCAGGUUGCCUAUGUUUAACGAUUUUUUUUGAUGAUUUUUUUUUCAAAAUUCAAAUUAUUCAAAUGUGAUUUCGCGCCGCUGUUAAUUAAUUUCAGCGCGAAAACUGAUUCACCAAUAGUUUUUGAGGUCAUUUAUAUCACUUGUCUUCCUCUUUUUAGGCGCUUUAUCUGCCAUAUCGUUUCUUCUCUACUGAUUUAUUCUUUCCAAUGGACUGGAUAUGUUGAGCUUUCAUCUUUGACCGUUUUGUAAUUCACUGCCAAUAAAUUCCAUGAAAUCUUCCUAUAUUGUUCUAUCUUGAUCUUUUCUUUUUUCUUUAACAAUCUAGGUUCACCUUCUUUCUCGGUGCUAAUCGCUCUUAUUUUGUCUUCUUCCGCCUGCAUUUUUUCUUUCAUUGUGCUUACAGUGAAUGUUUCCACCAUGUCGUUUAUGUUUCCUGAGUCCA